GAACUGCUUUAGGUGUUCUUUGUGCCGUAUUUAAUCACCUCAAAUUUCUUGUUGUUGAACACCAUAUUGUUCUCCCUUGACCAUUUGUAGAUUACCUCUGGGUCCUUCUGUAGUUCUUCUGCGUCUUCCUCUCUUGUUAUUUGUCGGGAGAUUCUCGUAUCAUCCGCAAAAUAUGCUACUCUGGAGGUUUUAGCAUUCUGGUUGAUGUCACCAAUCAUGGUCAAGAAUAUGCGUGUUAUGCACCUGUAUGGGUGCCCUGCGCAUUAUUCGUCCAGAUCCAGAUGCAGAUGGUCAAGAAGAGCAGUGGCCCCAGCACUGAGCCUUGUGGUACUCCACUGAUUAUGCCUGUGAAUUUUGAGUGUGUGUCUUCCACCACCACUGCUUGAGUCUGCUCGUGUAGGAACUCGUGGAGCCACAUGCUCAGUUUGCCAGUGAUGCCCAUCUUUCUGAGUUUGUGUAGCAGCACUCCGUGGUCUACCUUAUCAAACGCUUUUGUAAAGUUAAGGUAGACCACAUCAACAUUUUUCCCAGUACUCACAUCCUCCAGGAUAUUGGCAUGAUGGUGCAGUAGCUGGGAGAGGCAAGACCUUCCUUUCCUGAACUUGUGCUGUCCUGGGUUGAAUUGGUUACUCUCAUCUAAAAAGUUCACUUUUGUGUUUCUGAAAAUUCUCUCAAACACUUUGAUGAGGUGGGAGGUGAGGCACACUGGCCUGUAAUUUGACACCAACCCUCUAGAGCCACUUUUGAAAAUGGGAGUGAUCAGCCCUUCUUUUAGCUUUGGUGGUAUGGACCCAGUGUCAAGAGAUUUUUUCCAGAUGGGAGUACCUAGAGUGUUUACACUUCUUUAGGAAUAUUGCCGGUACGGGGUCUGGUCCAGCUGUUGAAUUUUCCUUAGUCUCAUUUAUGGCCUUGAUUACGUCCUCUUCUCCAAAGUUGAUGUCACUAAUAGUUGUUACUUGAUCAUUGUCACUAUUGAAGAACUCCCUCGGGUUUGCUGUAACUUUUUGGGGCACUGGUACACUGAAAACUUUUUUGUAUUGAUCCUCUCAUAGGUUUGCUACUGACCCCGGGUCACCGGUCCGCUCUCCAUUAUGGUCUUCCAGUGGCCUUAUUUUUCUUUUUAUGUUUGACUUUUUUCAUGCAAAAGUGUAAAAGAACUUUUUUUUUUUCAGAAUUGCCUGUAUUGCUUUAUUUUCUUCAUAUGCUUUCUUUCUUUCGUAUGAUGCUUUCAAACUAAGUUCAAUGUCCUUCAUUCUAUUUUCCACAUUUGCUCUUUUAUUGCUUGACACUUGUUUUGAGGAAAGUGCUACACUAGCCUGUUUCUUUUCUGCUGAAGUAUCUUUCUGUCCCGUGGAUUUUGAUUUCUGCAGCAUUUUUCACUUUUUAAUGGAGUAUGCUUCACAUGCAAGUCCCUACAUAUAAUCAUGAAUUUGUCUAGCAUUUCCUCAACUGUUGGACAAUUUUGAAGCUCUGCCCAGUCUGCUUCAGCCAAAUUUACACUUAGGGACUCCCAGUCAGCCUUUUUGUUGAAAAAAUUUAGUUUGCUUAAGCAACUGGCAUUACAUGUUUUUGGUAUUUUUGGUAAUUCUCUGUUUUCUUUUGGCAAUGUAAGUGUCACUUCUAUAAUACUGUGGUUAUAGUACUAAUGGAAGCACAUGAACACUUGAGCCUGUCCCAGUAACUCAGAUUUUUCAUCGAGUUCAGGUUCCUUGUGAAGACCCUUUGUGUCUGUUCCAGUUGCUUUAUAUUGUAAAUUUUGUGUGGGGACCACAGCUGGCACAGAUAUUCCAUUUUGGACAACACCAGGGACAUCCAGAGUGGGAGGAGAUGUUCAGGUUCCCUUGUCUGGAAGGUGCAGAGUAUCCAUCUGGUCAUCCUGCUGGCCGUCCUUGUGAUAUGCCCCCUAAAUUAUGAUUAUUAAGAUAUGUCUCUAGAUCCUGUCAAGGUGAUCCAAAUUCUGCAGGAAGGUCUCUACACUUGAGGGCUUGGAGGGCAAUAAUGAUAAUAAUAAUAAUAAUAGUUCUGUUUCCCCCAGUGGCAUGUAUAAACAUAUUAGGACAAUUAAACGAACCAGAUAAUGUUGGGGCUGAGGGUGUCACUGCUCAUGAGGCCUUCUAGCGCUGGCCUGUGAAUGUGGAGUCUGGUUAGGGAUGCUCUGAGGCUGGUGCGGAGGGAGUGGUGUCUUGGGCAGUGAGGCAGGAAGUGGUCUGAUGUGUUGGGCGCCCUGGGCAGUAUGUCCGUAUCAACUAUUAAUUAUUUUCCCCUAAUGCCCCUCUUUUAUGCACCUUUUUGGCAAGGCGACGUACCCCAAUGACUAUACCCCCAUUGGUUGAUUGACUGAUUUUUGGCCCAUCCAUUCUUUAUACCAUGAGAAUCCUACGACUAUACAAACAUGAGGAUUGAGGACAACUUUCAGUGGUAAUAUAACUGUUGAAAUGUUGACGGCCCCGUGGAGCACUGCUAUGGCGGAGGACCUGGGCCUGAAACCUCAUCAGCGGUAAAUGAUAUGUGGAUGACAACAAGGAACGGUUCAUUGAGGUGCUUCGUGAGGCUGUGGCCAUCCAGUCCGUGUCAGUAUGGCCGAAAAAACGCCCGGAGUUACUCCAUCAGAUGGAGUGGGCCAAGACGAAACUGGAGGCUCUUGGUGCCACUUGUACUCUAAAUAAAAUUGGCGAUCAGGUACAUCCGAGAGGCGGAAUAGUCCCUCUACCUCCAGUGUUGACCAGCCAGCUAGGAAAUGACCCCAAGAAGAAGACCCUCCUUGUGUACGGUCACCUUGAUGUCGAGCCAGCCCUGUUGGAUGAUGGCUGGGACACUGAGCCGUUCGUUCUGACAGAGAAGGACGGCAAGCUGUACGGCCGAGGUGCCUCUGAUGACAAGGGACCAGUGAUUGGCUGGCUACAUGCUAUUGAAGCCUACCAGAAGAACGGCCUGGAUAUCCCUGUCAAUAUCAAGUUUGUGCUUGAAGGCAUGGCGAAAUCAGAUUCCGAGGGGCUUUAUGAUUUCGUUAGAGAUGAAGGCCUUAAAGCCAGGCCCUGGGUAGGAGCAGAUGAAGAAGACUUAAAAUUUUUGAAGAAGAUCAAAGAGCUGAAGGACAGGUUCUUCUAUAACAUUGACUUCAUUUGCAUCUCAAACAACAAUUGGGUGGGGAAGGAGAAGCCGUGCAUCACCUAUGGUCUGCGUGGAAUGUGCUACUUCAAUAUUACGAUUGAGUGCGGCAAGAAGGAUGUGGACUCUGGUGUGUUUGGAGGCAAUGUGCAUGAGGCCAUGAUUGACCUCAUGUACCUCAUGAACAGCUUGGUUGAUGUCAAUGGCAAAAUUCUCAUUCCUGGUAUAAUGGAUGACGUUGCUGAACUGACACCAGAGGAGGAGAAACUCUAUGCUGACAUUGACUUUGAUGUGGAGGAAUAUCGUAAGGACAUUGGCCACAAUGAACUCAUCCACCAUGGAGACAAGGUCAAAACCUUGAUGGCGCGCUGGAGGUACCCUUCCCUCUCCAUCCAUGGCAUUAAGGGAGCCUUUAGUGAGCCCGGAGCGAAGACUGUCAUUCCAUGGAGAGUAGUUGGCAAGUUCAGCAUCCGCAUCGUGCCCAACCAGGAUCCUCUGACUGUCGCAGAACAGACUCGUAAUUACCUCAAACACAAGUGGCGAAAACGGGACAAUCGCAACUUCAUGAAGGUCUCAGUGAUGAAUGCUAUAAUUGAUCCCUGGCAAGCAGAUACCACGCACCAUGAUUUUGAGGCAGGCCGUAGAGCCACCCAGAUUGUGUAUGGGGUGGAGCCAGACCUGACCAGGGAGGGUGGCUCCAUCUUCAUCAUAAGAACGCUACAGAGGGCGACUGGCAAGAACAUCAUGCUGCUGCCCAUGGGUGCCAGUGAUGACAAUGCCUACUCCCCGAAUGAGAAGAUUGACAUCCGUAAUUACAUUGAGGGGACUAAACUCAUGGCAGCUUACAUUCAUGAAAUUGCCAAAGCUUGAAACACUUGUCUGAGCCAUGCCACUCCACUGGAUCCUGAUGCAAGCAAGUCUUAAGUAAAGUUCCUGACAAUAUUCCUUCUGUGGGUCGGUAUACAGAGCCACAGGAGAGCAUUUUUCCAUAUUCACGGUGGUUGUUGGCGGUUGUGGUCUUUUGCCUUAAAUGUAGCUACAGUAUAUUGCUUUGAAACUGAUGAACAUAAUUUGGUUUGAUGUAAAGUUUCUAAGCAUUUUUUUUUUUUUUUUUUUUUUUUUUUUUUUCCAUGCCUGCUCAAGUGCUGAGAGAAAGCUUAAGAAACACAUGAAUUUUCAGCAUUUUCUAGCAAAGUUAAGGAAAAAUCAUUUGACUUGUAAUGCUUCCUGGUAAGUUAAGAGGAAAAGCUGCAGAAGUACACUCUCCACAAAAAGUUCUCGAACGUUAUAAGCACCAUUCAUUCUGAGACACGCGGACGAAGAAUUUUGAAACACCUUUCCCUCUGUUAAACGGGUGGUAGCCCUGCGUAAACAUGCUCUGUGUGAAAGAGUGAGAUGCCAGUGGCUCAGUAUUACCUGCGCACUGAUAAGUCUUGUCGCUUGAUCUCGAUAAUGUAUUGCUAAUAUGCUGUGGUGUAAGGUGAAUAUAUCGGUUAUGUAACCAUAUUUUAAUAAUUGGUUAUAUGUUGCGGUGAUAAUUCCUCGCCACCAGUGCGUUUUAUCGUCUGUAGGAUGACGGCAUUCUGGUAUUAACUAAUUUAGCACCAGGUCACUGACAUUGGGUCGUCAUUGCGUUACAGAAAUUAUAGACAACUUUUUUGAGGUUGUCGUGAGGAUAAAAAAAAAUUGUAACCCAUUCCACUUCUGGAUGUUAUCAGUCAGUUUAAAUGCUGUGGCUGACAUCAUUCCUAUUCAAAUGAGGGAAUGAUAAUCCAGGUGGUUGAGUAUAAUUGCCAGUAAAAGUAUGUAAAAUUAAAAUAUUUGCCAAAAUCAAUACUUAAACCACAUACUGCGACGGCUUGGUUAAGUGUAAGAUAUAUAAGGAUGCAGGGCCGGAUUUACUUGCUUGUGGGCCCUAGGCCAAAUCUCAUCAGGGGGCCCCCCCCUCGCCAAUAUAUAUAUAUAUAUAUAUAUAUAUAUAUAUAUAUAUAUAUAUAUAUAUAUAUAUAUAUAUAUAUAUAUCUAUAUAUAUAUAUAUAUAUAUAUAUAUAUAUAUAUAUAUAUAUAUAUAUAUAUAUAUAUAUAUAUAUAUAUAUAUAUAUAUAUAUAUAUAUUUAUUUAUUUAUAUUGUGUGUGUGUUGUUUGUGUGCGUGUGUGUGUGAGAGAGAUUUUGACUGUCCUUUUUUCAAGAAAACUUAAGGACAAACAGGCUCAAAAAAGGACAGACUGUCCUUAAAAGGACAAACAUGGCAACCCUGCCACACACAGUACGAGUCUGGUGACUGCGGCAGUUUCAAAAGAGCAACCUGCAUUGUGAGUCAGUAAAUUUAAUUUUUGUGGAAUGAAUAUGACACACAAAAGUUGAUGAAUGUGGAUUUUUGGUCAAGGUGCUGAAGGUUAACGAACAUUAUUCUCUCUCUCUCUCUCUCUCUCUCUCUCUCUCUCUCUCUCUCUCUCUCUCUCUCUCUCUCGACCAUUGGGCCACCACAACUUAAGUCCCCAGGACCCCAGUGGGCCCUCAGUUACCAGUGGGCCCUAGGCCAAUGGCCUAUGUUGCCUAUUGGCAAAUCCGGCCCUGUAAGGAUGAGAGGUGUUGAUUUAAUAAUGAGUGUAUGCACCACCUGCGCUGAUUAUACUGUUAAGUCUGCUUUGAAGCUUCGAGGUGUGUCACUAGUGGAGCCUGUUUCCACAUAUCUGUUGGGCCAUAGUGAUACGGUAGAGAUGGACACACCAAUCCGCCGUGCUGUUUGGAGAUAACUGAGGCCUUCAUUGUGAAGGAUAAUAAUGACUGCGCCUGUCUUGUGGGGUCUCCACUGAAACUAACCUGCGCAUGACUUACUGCGGCCAUCAAAUCAACACAGGAUCAAAACGUAUCCUAAACAGUAUGUAAUGGAUUCAGAUGCGUCAUCACAGUCAGGGAUACCAACCAUUCCAAGGUGACUAGUCACUAUCGAUUCAUUUUCACAUCCAUCAUGCCCAGGUGUUCAAAAACUUUUUGUUGAGAGUGGAUAUGAAUUUUCAGCAUUUUCUACCUAAGUUAAGGAAAAUCCUUUGACUUGUAAUGUGUCCUGAUAAAAUAAAAAACUAAAAAAUG